AUGAAGUUGAUUCAAGAUGUUAUGGCUAACAAGGAAAAGGUUUCAGAGCUUCUGGAGAUGUCUACUCACCAAAUCAACCUGCUUACUCACCUACUUUCUUACCAAAGCAUCAACCUCAUCUCACUCACAAUGGCAGAAAAGCUUGGCAUUGCUGGAGCAUUGCAGCGCCCUACUACUUCAAUCAUGUUUGGAGAUGCAACUUCUAAGUCUCCUCUUGGUGUGUUCAAGAACUAUCACUUGAAAAUAGGAGAAUGCAUCAUCCAAACUGACCUCACUGUCAUGGAGAUGGAAGAAGAGAAGGAUCUACCUCUGCUAUUGGGAACCCCAUUCCUUAGCACAGUUGGCGCUUCAAUAGACUUUCACAAACAAGAAGUGAUUCUUCACAAGGUGAAUAGUUUGGUGUCUUAUCGCUUGCAGCCUAGAGGAUCAGUAUUGUGGUACCAAUUGAAAGCACUCCUCUGA